UUAUAAAAGGUCCCGGUCUCGGAAGAGAUGCAGUAUUACGAGCUAUUCAUAGAAGCGGUAUAUUAUUAACUUUUAUAAGGGAUGUAACCCCUAUGCCACACAAUGGCUGUAGACCCCCCAAAAAACGACGUGUGUAGAAAUCAAAAAGUGAACCUAUAUCAAGAGAAAUAGAAGAUUCACUAAUAUACUAAAUCAAAAUUUUUAUGGUUCGAGAGAAAGUAGCAGUAUCUACUCGGACACUACAGUGGAAAUGUGUUGAAUCAAGAAUAGACAGUAAACGCCUUUUUUAUGGCCGCUUUAUUCUAUCUCCACUUAUAAAAGGUCAAGCCGAUACAAUAGGAAUUGCGAUGCGAAGAGCUUUGCUGGGAGAAAUAGAAGGGACAUGUAUCACACGUGUAAAAUCUGAGAAAGCCUCGCAUGAGUAUUCUACCAUAGGGGGGAUUCAAGAAUCGGUACAUGAGAUUUUAAUGAAUUUGAAAGAAAUUGUAUUGAGGAGCAAUCUAUAUGAAAGUUGUGAUGCGUCUAUUUGUAUCAAGGGACCUCGACAUGUAACUGCCCAAGAUAUAAUAUUACCCCCCCAUGUACAAAUUGUUGAUAACACACAACAUAUAGCUUGGUUGACGGAACCUAUUGAUUUUUUUAUUGGAUUAAAAAUAGAGAGAAAUCGCGG